GUCUCUGAUUGGCUGGUUUUAUGGUCAUGUGGAUGGAAUAAUAUGUCGUCUUUAUCCGACAUACUUGGCUCUAUAGAAAAUUGAGAUCGGGGUUCUAAAAUGAACUUGUAACAAACAUGAUAUUACAAUAAGAUCCAUUGUAUAACCUUUGAACAGGCAGUUGCCUGUGAAGUUAGAGCUGAUGAGUUCAUUAUUAGUAACCAUGUCCUGGCUUGUGAUUGAACAGCCAGGAAAACAGUUUGAUGCAUUCCAAAUAACUGUUCGCAAGCCGUAAAGAUUUACAGCUGUUUUGUUUUCCAUGGCUAUGGCGGUUGUUGGAGCAAGAACAAAUCGACACAAUAUUAUGGCAUUUCCGGGUAUGACUGCUGCAACUUCUCAACAAGCGAUUCUUGCAGCUACGCAAACUUUCUACCAUCCUCCUAUAACAACACAAGAUAUUCAGCCUGAUAGACCUAUAGGAUAUGGAGCUUUUGGAGUUGUGUGGUCUGUAACAGAUCCUCGUGAUGGCCGAAGAGUUGCAUUAAAAAAGAUGCCAAAUGUCUUCCAAAACUUGGUGUCUAGUAAAAGAGUAUAUCGAGAAAUAAAAAUGCUAUGUUUUUUCAAGCAUGAAAAUGUUCUGUCUGCGCUGGAUAUUUUGCAGCCUCAUAAUAUAGAUUUCUUCCAAGAAAUUUAUGUUAUCACAGAAUUGAUGCAGACUGAUUUGCAUAAAAUUAUUGUAUCUCCACAACCUCUUACUGCAGAUCACGUGAAAGUUUUUCUGUAUCAGAUUCUUAGAGGUUUGAAAUAUCUACAUUCUGCUAAUAUUCUGCAUCGAGAUAUCAAACCAGGAAACCUUCUUGUCAAUAGUAAUUGUGUCUUAAAGAUUUGUGAUUUUGGAUUAGCUAGAGUGCAAGAACCUGAUGAAAAUAAACAUAUGACUCAGGAAGUUGUGACUCAGUACUAUCGUGCUCCUGAACUGCUCAUGGGAGCAUCUCAUUAUUCUUCCUCUGUUGAUAUAUGGUCUGUCGGAUGCAUAUUUGCAGAGCUCCUGGGGCGACGUAUUUUGUUUCAAGCUCAGACCCCUAUACAGCAGCUUGAACUAAUUACUGAUUUGCUGGGUACACCAAUGCCAGAAGAUAUAAAAACUGCUUGUGAUGGAGCAAGAUCUCACAUAUUGCGACGACCUCAUAAGAUUCCGUCUUUGGCAGCACUUUACACGUUAUCUUCUCAAGCAACACAUGAAGCUGUUCAUCUUUUAUGUCAGAUGUUGGUUUUUAAUCCUGAUAAACGAAUUUCAUGUGCUGAUGCAUUAACUCAUCCAUAUGUGGAUGAAGGAAGAUUACGUUAUCAUUCCUGUAUGUGCCGUUGCUGCCAGACUACACCUGCAGGUCGCCAAUAUGUUUCCGAUUUUGAACCAGUCUCUCCUCACAUCUUUGAUGACUGUUUUGAAAAAGAUUUAACAUCUGUUCACCAAGUAAAAGAUCGCUUAUAUCAUUUUAUAUAUGAGCGCUACAAAGGCCUGUAUCGUAUGCCACUUUGUAUCAAUCCUCACUCAGCUGCUUUUAAAAGUUUUACAAGAGAGUUUCCACAAAACAGUCAUAUUAUUUCUUUGUAUAAAUAACUAUAGUUCGUAUCUUGUUUGAUCUUCUAAGAGUUGGUGUUUAGCUUUGCCAUCCCACUUUUCCAAAAAAAAAAAAAAAAAAAAAAAAAAAUCAUUCUUUGGAUGGAAGAGUUGGCUCAAAUGACUGCAUAUGAUUUUCAUUCUCUAUUUAGAUUUUCACAAUAUGUUUCACAAUAUGUUUGUUAUGUCCUGACUUGUUACUUCUAAGUUAUACAAAUGGGGGAAAGUCUGCUGACUUUUUGCUUUUGUAUGUGAAUGCUUUGACUAUAUACAAAUUUAAAUAUUUAUGCAUCAUCUGAUAAUUUGUAUUUUUUAUUAGUUCUGCUUGUGUUACUGUAAUUAACACAGUUUACAUUUGACUUCUAAAUUUAAACAUAUUUUUAAUUAAGAAUAUUGAAUGUUCAUGCAUUGAUGACAGUGAUUUGUGGGGGAAUUUUGUUUUUACUUUUUUCAUUGUCAUGAACUUAAUUGUAAUAUAUCUAUUUGUGGAAUUUGCUUUGAAAUGUGCUCAAAUUAAGUUAUAUUCAUAAUAUCAGUUCUUUAAAUAUUUAUUUUUAAAUUCAGUAAUAAAUUGUAUUAAAUGUGUUCCUGCCAUGCUACAAUUCUUUGAAAUGGAAGAUGGUGAUUUUAGUAAGCUGAUAUUUAUUAAUUGCAUUCUAGUUUUAUGUGAUAUUUUGUUUUGAUCUAGGCAUAUGGUAAUUUUCCUUGUUAAACAUCGUAUUAUUGAUUUUGAGUAAUGUGGUAAUGUAAUGAGUAAUGUAAAUUUUAAGUGAUUUCAGAAUGCUCCUAACAAUUUCAUAAGUGUGCAGAUCAAUAAAAUUGCUUAAAAACCACCACAAUUCACAUUUAAAUAUAAAAGCUAUGAAACACACAGCAAAAUAAAUAAAUAAAUGGUAUUUAAGAGUUGCAAAAAACACAGUAUUUUCAGAAAAUAGCAAAUUAAUAGUUUAAUAUAAAAACUGUGUAUAAUUAUGCAUAAAUAUAAUCUAAUGGAUGUAAAUACUUUAUAGCAAAGAUUCCCCCCCUUUUAGAAUGCUAACUACAUCUCUUCUUUUUUAUUUUGUUCUUAAAAAAUGUAAUUUCUGUUAAUUCUUUACUAUAAAUUAGUAAACUCUUAAUUGAAUGGUACAUUUGUUUAUCUCUCAAAACUGCAGUAAGUGCAGCAACAAACUGUUGUGCAGCAGAGCUUUUAUAUAGAAUGUGUUAAAGUGUUUAUAAACACUUUUACGGUUUGUUCUUGAUAAUGAUUUUUAGUGAUAUUUUAGUUAACAGAAUCCUUUUUGUGAACUGUACUGUUAUUUAUGUCUAUAAAAAUAUUACCUUCCAUUGAUAUUAUCGUAGAUAUGUUUCUUAAUUAUUGGCUGCACAUGUAUUAUUAAUUUAUCUAAGUAUAGUUAGUGUAAUAAAAAUUUUAUUAUCUAUCUCUUCUAUUUUCUAUCUUUGCAGUAUCAAACAUUUCAUAUUUAAGAAAAUGUAGCAUUUCUAUUCAAGCAAUGUAUUUCAUACUAUUUGUCAAAUAGUAAGAUGAAAUAAAUCUGUACCAUAAUAGAUAUUUUUGGUAUGUGCAAAUACUCUUUUAUCCUGUUAAAUUAUCUUUCUACCUCUUAAAUUAGUCAUAUCCAAUGGAAUUUAAUGUAAUGAAUUUAUGUUUAAAUAUUAAUUUGUAAUGUCAGAUUUGUUUGUGAGGGAUAAUGUUAAUGGUAUAUAUUUGUUUUUAACGACUCAGGUAUGUAACAAUCCUAUCAAUCAGCACUAAUAUGUCCACUAUAACAUAAUGAGAUCCUUAUGUGAGAAAAUGUAUAGAUUUUGUCAACUUGAUCUCAUUCUGUGUAAUAAUAUAACAAAAAGUGAUGUACAUGUUUAUGUUGUGUACACACUUUGCAUGCUUAGAUGUCACAAUGGCUCUAAGUGUUGAUUGUGUGCCUAGUAGUUUUGUCCAGCUUGUACAUUUUAAACAAGAAUAUAUGCUUUGUCUGAGAGAUCUGGUAUAGACAAGCAUUAGAUUUAAUAUUUGCCAAAUAUAUUGUUUGUUACAACAUUUGCAGCUAUUAUUUAUGCAAGUGUAACACACAGAACUUUUUAAUUUUCAUUUAUGAAUCUUAGUUUCUCUUUGCUUCCAAAUUGUGUACAAUUUAUAAAAGUAUGGUAAAUAUUAAUUAUAAACUAAUUUAUGAACUUUUAGGUAUAUUUGAAGAAAUUCUUUGUGCAUAUAAACUCAUUAAUUAUUCCCCCCUUUUUUUCUUUCUUACCCUUUUUUUUUUUUGUGUGUGUGUGUGGUCAGAAACAAGUAAAAAAUUUCAUUAAAAUACGUGAUGUUUAAACUGAUUUAGUUGCUAGCUGUGAUAAUUUUUAAUAUUAAUGGAAUUCAUAUAUAUGCUUUUGUGAUUUUAUGCUCAAUAUUUUGUCUCAUUAAAAUAAUGUGAAAUGCUCAUAUGCGCAACUCUCUAUUAAUAUAUACUGUGGGACUACUUAAAAAAAACUUUGCUUUUUCUCUUUUAUCUAAUAUGUCUCACAAUCUGAUUCUUGCUUAAAAAAAUCAUUCAUAGAAUUAGGUUUAAAAUUAGUGGUCUCAUAAAAUUAGUUAAAAAUAAAGUUUAGAACCAUUUGGUUCUUACAUACAACGAAAAUAAAUGAAUAUAUAUAGAUAAUUCAUGAUAUUGUAUUGUCAUUUUAUAGAUUAUCAACUUUAAAAAUAAGUUUAUGCUUGUUUCUUCACUUGUUGUUCAUCCUUCUAUGCAAAACUUUAUCCACUGGGAUUAGAAUGAUUUGCUUCCUAGUCAUACUGAAAUUUCCUAUUUAACUAUAAAUAGCAUUUUUAAUUGCACCAAUUGUUUUACUUUAGGGCAUUAUUUAAGAAAUUUUAAUAAAAUAUUUUGAAUUACUUUACAUGUGGUAGUUUUAAAUUCAUUUCUGUGCAAAUGUAUUAUAUCUAAUAACUUAGAGUUCUUUAUGAGCACUCAGUCAUUAAACUUCUUAAAUGUUUAAAAUGGCUUUCUUAGUUUUAAUUAGUAUCCCUUCUUCAAAGCAAAAUAGAAUAAUGUAUUAAAAUGUAUUUAUUAGUGAAUGUUAUUCUAAAAUCUUGUUGGUGAUACUUUUGUUUCAUGCUGUUUUAGUGUGAGUUUUCAGACUGUUGACAUAUUGUCAUAACUUUGCUUCUUAGCAAGGUUAAAAUUGCUACCUUCCAUAGGAAUGUAAUAAAAAUGUGUACAUAAUUCUUCACUGUGCCGUUUUGACCUUAUAGCUGCAAAAUGUAAAAUUAUGUGUGUGCAGUUAUAUUCCUGUACUAAUAAUGUGUGCCUUCUCCAUAUGAUAUUAGCACUGACCUUCAUAUUAUUAAGGAAGUGUUGCUGCUAAUUUUAGUUCUGUGAACUUGUGUGCUAAUUCCAUGUUACCUCUUUAACCUGUCAUUGUCAGAACACUGCUUUAUUAGCAGAGAAUUUUGUAUGUAUAGCGUAAGAAUAAUGUAAUUUCAUUUAAACUACACUGGAUUUUAACUAUUCUCGGGGUAAAACAAGCUUUCAUUACAAAAUCUGUAGUUAUAUAUACACAAAUUCUUUAAUGGUGUUUUAUACAAUUCAAUUAUAUUGCCUAGUACUUAUUUUAUUCAUUUAUUCUUUAAAUGGGGGGGGGAAACAGUUUUUCUCUCAGCCAAUAUCACGAAGUGUUAUGAAGUUGUAUGAAAAUUGGCAUUUCCUAAAAAAAUAAAAGGAGGAGGCAGCUUAGCUGCAUCAUUCUAGUAAUUCAACUUUUCUUUAAUAUAAAUUGAAAUUAGUUUGAAAUUUAAUUUUAAAUUUGGUUCAGAGUGUAUCUGAAUGUAUACUUCAGCAUUAGUGUUACAUAAUGUAUAUUAAUGUGUAGAAUUUUAUUUGAAAUUCCUUUACUUUUUGUAAAAUUUCCUUUGCCCUUUGAAAAGGAAAUAUUAAAAAAUGCUGUCUUGUUGCUAUAAAAAUUUAUUUAAAAUUUAAUGCUUUAAAGUUCUUUAAACCUUUCUUAUCAAAAUUAUUUGGUUACAAGACAUAACAAAUUUCAUGUUCUUUUUGUUGAAAAUUAUGAAUUACUAUUCUGUACCUUUAUUAAUUUUAAUUUCUUAGAUUUAAAAUGGUAUGUGUUUGUCUUUUUUUUUUUUUUUUUUUUUUUUUUUGAUGAUUUUAACUGUGAGUAUAUUGCAAUCUAUUGCUAAAUUUUCUUCAGUAGAAUGCUUUAUUGUAUGCAACGAGGUGUUCCUGAGAAUGCUCAUAAUGCAGUGUUAGUUAUAUUGGUUGUUUUUCCCAUUAUCUGUAACAAUGCUUAAAGCUUACAAAGGUUUGCUCCUAGCAUGACAUGAAUAUUGAUGCCAUUUCAUAAAAGUGCAUAUAGCAGUGUAAGGAAAUGCAGGUUAAUGCAUGUAUAUUUGUACCUCAUAACCUCAGUCACGUAAUUAAAUACAUCUGCAUUGCACUUUGAUUCUCAUAACUUUUUCAUCAUCAUCAUGUUAGUCUGUAUAUAGUGUUUUUUACUGGUAAUUUGUGAUAGCUUAUAUGGUCCACGUAGAUCAAUAUUGUACUUUCGUACCUAGCCUUCUUAUUGAAUUGUGUGCUGUGUUUCACUUUUAAACUAUAUUAAGGUGCAGUGAUUCCCAAUAUGGUUGGAAUAAGUAAUGUUAAGAAAGAAAUAAUUCAUACUUGAAAUUGGGCAGGGUGGGGAAUUAUUAUUAUUAUUUUUGAAUUUUUAAAGUAUUUUUUCUUUUAGAAGGAGGGGAAAUAAGUUUUAAGAAAAAUGCCCAUUUUAUCAAUUGCAUCUGAUAACUAGGUUUAAGGCAAAGGCAGAUUAAUUAAUGUGACUUCCCCACUGAAUAAUUUAAAUUGUGUAUAGUUUGUAAAAGCCUUGAAAUUAAAAUAUAAUUUUACUAGUGUUAAUGUAAGAAUUUUCAGAAGAAUUUAAAAUAUUAAAGUUAGGGAUGAGCAUUUUUUAUACCAACCACCAUUAUUAAAAAGUGAAAUUAUUAUAAUUAAAAAAUGCUGUUAUCAAGGUAAUAUCUUAUUGCACAACAUAUUCUAAUAUCAAUAAUUAAUAUUAUUUUAGAAUAUUUUGGGUAAAAUUUUAUAUAAAUUAAAAUUAUGUGGCUAUGUUUUUACUGAUAAACUUUUUAUAGCAUAUAGUAACCUAUAUUCAUUAAAUAGGUGUUAUCAUGUUGCAGUAUUUUAAAAGGGUUUGGAAACUACAUACUAAUUUAUGGUGAUGAAGGAACGCAAUAAUAAUAAUAAUAAUAAUAAUAAAUUGAAAUCCUCUUUAUAUUUGUUAUACUUCUGAAAUCAGUUUAGUCAGGUGCAUUACAGUCUGUUACUUUAGAACAGGCAUUUAGGGUCAUUUUCCUCCCCCUGGUUUGCUGUAACAACAGCUGCAACAGAUGAUCAAGGUCUAAUUGUUUUUCUCCAUUUGAUGUGUUUUCCUUCUUAAAAAAGCAUAUGAUUAAAGGCUAACUUGAACUAUAAGUUUCUAAUGAAGUGGAGUAAAUUUGUGAUGUGAUAUAAGACAUGAAUGCAAAUGAAGGAAGGCCUUUCCCAAUUUUUUCCCCUAAAAGACUGCGUGUUUUAGAAUGGACCAUAGUUAAUGUCAAUUAUUCAUGCAAUUUAUUAUUAAUAUUUAACUUGAAGAGUAGCUUUAAGUGCAGCAAUCAUAUUUUGCUUUUAAUUAUGUGUAUGUUUUAUAUAUUUUUAAUUAUAUAUACAUGCAUAUAGUAUGUAUAUAUGUAUAUUAUGUAUAGAGAGAGAAGUAUUAAAAAGUAAUUCUAAUUAUUGUAUUUUAGAAUGUUCACUCAUAUGCUCAAAACUACUACUUCUGUUUCUAUUUAUUACACUUUAGGAUAAUUUUUGUAUUGGUUGCUUAUCUUAUAAUUUUUGUCCAUUAUAUACUGUACUUGGUUUUUCUAAGUUUCAAUAUUUCAAAUUCUUUUUGGGGGAGGGAGAUUAAUUUUCAGAAUGAGAAAAAUUAUAUCUGCAUUUUAAAUCAUAGUAUUGGUGGAUAAUUUAGUUAAUAUUCCCAUAAAAAAUUGUAUUUCAGUUAAUUCACUCUUAAAAAUAAUGCUCUUUUAAUUUUAAUGUAAUUCGGGAAUUCCCCCCCCCCAAUUGUGAGCUAUAAUUUGACAAUUAGUUUUUCUUAAAGCAUGGAAAUAAUUACCAUUCAUAGAAUGUUUGAUCAUCUUCAGAUGAUGUUAAAAAUUAUUAUAAUUAUAUCUAUAUUAUAUGUAAAAAUGUUUUUUAUAAAGCAAUAUGAGAAACUUCUUGUGUAUGCUCAUCCCUAUUUAAAGUAAACUGUUUAUAUGCCUUAUUUGAUCAUAUGAAACUAUACUUUAUUAUUUUAUUUUGGGGAUUUAAAAACUUGUACAUUUUUUAAUUUUUACCGUAUUGUUUUACAUACAUGCAUGACUUCACUGUUAAAAUCUUACAAGAUUAAAUUUGGAAUUAUUUUACAAUGCUUGUUUUCAUUAAUGUAUCUAGAAGAGGCAAUGAAAUGUUAUUGUAAGAAUAUAUCAAAAGAAAUUUCAAAAUACUAAAUGCAAAUUUUCUUUAUUUUUAAAACAUAACAGUGAAAAUAAAAGUAAUGCAAGACUCAUGGCUCAAAUACAGGCUUAAUUUUCGUCUUGGAUACUGGGCUUUUUGGGCUUCAGUCAGAUAUUGUAGUUAUCAUAUGUAAAUUAAUUUUUAAAAGACAGAUUUUAUCCAAAUCAAAAGUUCAGAUAAGCCUUUUUCUUAUGUGUAUUUGAGUAGGUAUAAAGACAUUAUUAUGUUUAAAUAAAGAGUUUUAGUUAUACAGAAUAUUUGUAUGUAGAAUUAGUGUGGGUCAGCAGUGGAUUUAAAACUUAUGCAAAAUAUAUUAUUUGGGCUCACAAAAAUUUGUUCAUGUUAUUGCAACUGCAGCUGUGGUUCAAAUAUUAUAUAAGCUGUUUUGACAAACCACCAAAAACUUUCUUAACUAUUUGGAAAACUCUGUUAUAUUUUAUGAUACGUUUUCUAUUAUCUAAUACGUACUUUCAAGUCUUAAGCAGAGAGUUCUUAUUUUAAACUAAUUAGAAAAUUUUAAGUAUGAAAUCUGCUUGUGCAUUCAAAUUGGUGUUUAUUAUAUUAAUAAAAAUGAAUGCCAAGCAUUUGAAGAACAUUUUAUCUGUACUUCUAGUUAAAAAAUGUGUUGUUUCAUAAAAAUUAUGUAUAGAGCAGUUGCUGUGAAAAAUAAAUCUAUAGCUAACUUAUUCUGUUGCCUUAAUUAUCUAAUGCAUGUUAGAGUUCCUCUCAGAUUUUUCCUACCUUGGCUUUGGGCCACAUUCCUCACUUUUUUCAACCUCAUUUAGUAUAUCUUGUAGUUAUAACUUAAAUCUGUGUUGCUAUAUUCUACUGUUAUAGUUGUCCUUGAAAAACAUUAAAAAAUCAAAAUCUGAAAUAAUUAUAAGUAUGGCAGACCUCAAUAAUUUGUUUAGUCUGUCAUUGAAUUUUAGCAAAGUAACUUCGUUCUCUUCCUAGUUAAGAGGUUUUUUUUUUUUUUUUUUUUUUUUUAUUUGGCAUGUAGUCUUCCCCAAAAUCUUUUUUACAAGUGUAUGAAAACAGUAUAGUUAUUUGGUUAGUAGAACAGCAAAUUAAAUAGGACUUGUUUUAAAUUUUAAAAAUAUGUUUAUUUAUCUCAUUAAUUUUUUAAGAUAAUUUUGACACCUUUUUUAUUAAUAUAAUACAUUAAGUAUUUUUAAGAAAGUAAUAUAAUUUUUAAUUUAAUUAAUCGCUUUUACAAAAGUAGAUAAAAUAGUUUUAAAUAGCAAUAAAUUCUUAGUGUAAUGAAUUUCAUAAUCAAGGUUCAAAUAUAAACUUAUUUUAGAACAAAGGUGGGUAAAAUCACUCUUUUAUGGGAUCGGAUUAGAGUUGUUCACUAACUGAAUCGAUUCUUUUUUAUGACUCAUUAUUCACUAAAUAAUUUUAAAAAACAGUAAUGGAGAGUGAAUCAAGAAGGAUAUAUGAAAGUGAAAGAGAAGAAACAGAAGCAAUGAACUCAUUUGAAUCAUUAACUUUCUGGGCUUAUUUCUUUCAAAUGUAGUUUUGAGAUUCCCUAAAACCUCCUUUCAGCGUAGAACUAAUAAUAAAAUUUUGGAAUAAAAAGGUGUUAAACAUAUUGGGAAAUUAUGAAAAGUAAAUUUACUUUUAACAUGGAGGCUAAGCAUUUCUUCCCUAAAAUUUUAAUCGAAUUUUUCUGGCAUGCCUCCAACAAGAGCUCUUUGAGAACGCUAAAAGAACUACCAUUCUUCUUUGAUGAAUUGCCGUUCGUUUGAUCGGUAAACCGAAUUGGUUCUUUGAAUCAGUUCAUGAGCGAAUAGCACAUCUGUAUGUUAAGAGUGUUAACAUAAUACAGUGCAAAGGCUGUAAUACGGACGUCCAUUAUCCGGAAUGAUCUAUAAUCCGGACCUCAAAGCCACAAACUUUUUUUUUUGUAAUCUUUAAUGCACGCGUGUGAUGGGUUUACUGCUACACAUGCGCGUUUAAUGUUUAGCAUGCAUGCACAAAAAACGAAAAACAAAGCAACUUAAACAACUUACAUUGAAAGAAAUGUUUAAUAAAGUAAAAAAAUAAAUAAUUUUGUUUUGUAAAUUUUGAUACUUUUUAGAUCAUAAUCGCUCUUUAUUUCAUAAAUUACGGUUUCAUAUUUUUAAUUGUAUAAUUUCUGCAUGCCAUCUUACCAGAUUUAAAUUCAUGAUCUAUAUCCGGAAUUGCCGAAGCCCGGAUUACGGACUUUGUACUGUAGAUAUUAAAACAUGUACAGUCUUCAGACUUUGUGCAGCAGUGAUUAGUUUUUAUAUUUUAAAAUUUUUGUAGAUUUAAUUCAGUUACAGCUGUCUUAAAAAUUGUUCAUUCAAUAAAGUUAUCAACAAAAUGAGCCUUAAGGAUUUGUUAUGUCACCAAUAUAGGUCUUUGCAUGCUGCAAAAGUUCAUUUGGAAUUUUCAAUUUCUUAAAAUACAUUUUGUGACUGAGGUUUCACGAAAUUUUUUAAAGUUUAAUUUGAGGAAAUUUUGUCAUUCUCUACAUUUUUAAACAUAGCUGUAUUUUAGUUUAAUAUUUCACUUUACUUUAAAUGUAUAAUCUUGGCAAUUAUGAAAAAGUGUUGUGUACUGCAUUAUUAUAUGCAGAAAUUGUGCAUUUUGUCAAAAAAAGGAUUAGGAUAUUAGCAUUAUCAAAAAGGAGAUUUUUAUUUAUUUCUUCUGUUGUUUCAAGCAGUUUUUUUUUUUAAAUGUUCUGGCAUAUCCGUCCAUGACAGCUUAUGCAUACUAAUACUUCAUAUGCAAUUAAUUAUACUUUUAGAAUAUUUUAUAUUGGUACAUGGGUAUUAUGCAAAUUCUCAGCUUAUAAUAUCAAACUACUAUGCCUUAUGUAAAAUUAUUUGUUUUCUAAAUCUCAGAUUAAAAAAUCGUGUUUAAAUUACUCUUAUUGCAUGAAUUUUAUUUGUAUGUAUAGCGCUUGUUUUGAAUGAUGUGUUUAUUUUUAUUAGAUUAUUUUUGCAGUGUGUUUUGGAACUUGAUGCAGUUUUGCUUGUAAGUGUGGUAUAUGAUGUAAUGUUUUAAAUACUUGGUAUUCUGACAGAAAUUUGUGUGUCAAAUUCCUUCCAUUUUAAGAACACUGCCAUCCAUGUAGUCUUGAAUGUAAGCUCCGUUUCAUGGAGCAGAAAUAGUGUGCUAAAUAUAGAUUGCUGCGUAUGUUACUGGUUUCUGUUUUCAGAGUGUCAGUGAAAAACCAUGGAAUUCUUGGAUCCUAGUCUCUUUAUUUUGUAAAGGACUCAUUUCAAAUCACGGUUCUUUAUACGAACUUAUAAUACAAUUCAGCUUUUUUUCCUCCUUAAAGAAAAUUUAAGUAUGUUUCUUUUACUUAUCCAUUUGUAUAUAUAUAUAUAUUCAUUGUGUUUAACAUUAUAUAACAUAAAUUAAAUUUUAACUUCCAUAUCUGGCAUUAUUAUAAGCAGUAAAGAGGAAAAAUAUUUUAGAAUGAAUUCUGUUGAAUUUGUAAAUUGGCCUUUCUUAAUAUUUAUAAUUUGCUUAGUUCAGUGUACUUUUUAAAUUGUGGAGUAGGUAGAAGUCGGUUAGAGUAAAUGUGCAUGAAUGCUGAAUAAAAUUUAUCAGUUUUAUGCUGCUAUAUAUAAUUAUUUUGUCAAGUGCAACAUUUUUUUCAAACAGCCAUAUGGAUUGCUUUUUAUAUACACAAAUAACGACUACAUUCAGUGACAAAAAUUAAAAUUUUUAAGGAAAAAGUUAAAGCAUUUCAAAAGUUAUAUUUUAUUUCUGUUUAAGUUAAACUAUGAAUAAGAUUUAAAAAUGAGUUUAGUAUGUGGUACUAGAACCACUGAUAUAUGUCAGGGGGGAAAAUCUGAUUUUAACAAUUAUUUUCAUGCAACAUAUUAAAUAAAUGUAAAUAUAUUUUUCAGAUUUGGAAUCAAUUUUUUUUUAAUUAUGUGUUUAUAUGAGAAUAGAAGUGUAUUUAAUGAAUGUGCUUGAAUUUUAGGCAUAUGAAUGUGCUUGAAUUUUAGGCAUUGCAUAAAAAUGUUUCAUAGCAUUUUUCUUGGUAAUCUUAAUAUCAUUAAAGAAUCAAUGCACUUUCUGAAUAUCUGCAUCCCCAUGAACAUUCAUGAACUGUUAGAUGAAAAAAAAUUUUUAAGCCAUAUUCAAAAAUAAUAAUAAAAAGAAGCAUUUUAUGGAAGGGGAGUCCGUACACUCAAGUAUUUACAUUUUUACAGUUGGUGGAUGCUGUUUAGCAAAAUAGCUAUUUAUUAAGCAUGUAAAUCUACAUACAUUAAAAUGUGUAAUAUGUGCUAUUUCGUGUAGCAUGUGUACUCGAAAAUAAGCCAGAAACAGGCAGUUUUGCUAUAAAUUUGAAUUCAGUGUGGAUAAUCAGAAAAUGUCGAAUAAAUAAACUUAUUUCUGCAUUUCUAAAUUUCCAAGGAAAUUUUAUCACUCAGUGAUGUGGUUUACAUUCAUAAAUUAGUAUCCUAUGUUUAUAACUGAACUAUUUGUAACCAUCAAAUGGAAAACUAAUUGAAAAUCAUUAUUUCUUAAUUGUUCAUUUAAGGAGUACUUUCUUUCUUAAGUGAAGGGAUGUUUCCCUCAAUAAAAGGGCAGUCCCUUUUAUUGAGUUUUAUAGGAUUGCUUUUUGAGUUUCUCUUUUAACAUUAAAACAUAGUAUCUGCAAAAUAAAGAAGGGGGGAUAUAUAUAUAUAUAUAUAUAUAUAUAUUUUUUUUUUUGAGUACUUGUUGGAUUUCAGUUAUGGGUGAGCUUAAGCUCAUGCACAUUUUUUAACUAAACACUUAAGCAAAUUACCUAAAUAUUUUGUAGCUUUCAGAAAAGACAGCCCAAGCACAUUUUUUCCACAGAAUAAUUAUUAGCUGGAAACAUCUGUAUAAAAUGCAGAGUUAUAAACUUUAAUAAUUUACAAUUUAAGUAUAUUUUUUUUAAAAAAAGGAUUCAUAUCAGAAUAUUUGAAAUUCUCUGUAAAAUGGAAACCAGUUUUGCUUUAAAUGUGAGUUCAUGUGAUUUCUUUCAUGCAUUAUUAGACCUGUAUUGGUGAGUUUUGAUGGUUGUGGUUUGAAUUGGAAUUGCUUUAAAUUGAUCACUUGAAUUUGAGAAAUGUUUAUUCCUUUUUUUCUUUGCACACAAAUAAAUUAGCAUCCUGGCCUGUGUUUCUUUCA